UUUCUUUCUGCCUCUUACGAGUGCGUGUGUGUAUAUAUAUACACACACGUGUAUACUAUAUGCAUAUAUGUAUUCUCUGAUAGUUCCCUAUUUAGUUCAUGCAAGUCAAAAGGAUUUCUCUGCGUUCUCUGUUGUUCAUUUUCUCAGACAGAACUCUGGUUUCUCUUAUACUCUGUUUCUGGUGACCUAGAAGAAGAAGAAGAAGCCGAUGGAGAAGGGGAAAGGGGACAACGAAGGAGACUUGUACGGAAUUCUGGGUUUGGACAAGGAAUGUACACAGGCAGAGCUCAGACACGCUUACAAGAACCUUGCUCUGCUUUGGUUUUUUUUGUUUUUCGUUUUUGCCUCUUAACUUUCAUUCCGUUCAAUCCAGUACCUGAAAGCGAUCGAGUAUCCAGAAUCUACGACUCUGGAUUUCAAGAUUUUCCUGAAUUCCAAAAGAUUCUGCUUUGGUUUGGACAGAAAUGGCAUCCAGACCGGUUUUCAGAACCGGGCGACAGAGAAGAAGCCAAGAAGGAAUUUCAGUCGGUUCAGCGUUCAUAUUCUGUCCUGUCUGACACAAACAAGAGGCUGUUGUAUGACGUUGGAGCAUAUGACAGUGAUGAUGAUGACGACGAACUCGGCAUGGGUGACUUCUUGAAUGAGAUGCUGACCAUGAUGGAUCAACAUAAAUCUACGGGUGAAGAGACUCUAGAAGAGUUGCAAGAGCUAUUAGAGGAACUGUUCGAGGAUGAGAUGGACCCGUCCACGAGGGCACAAAAAGGCAAAUACAGCUACUAGAUGCAGCAGCAUUAGUACGUAGAAGACCAUACGGGCCAUAAAUUAAUAUAAUUUUAUGUUAUGGUCGUACAAUGAAAUCGGCAUGUAAUAGCCUUAUUGUUUAUUUUUAUUACAAUUUCAUUUUCUUAAAUCGAUUUAUAAUACUACAAGUUUAUUUA